CUCACGGAGCUCGUCGAGCAGUACAUGAAGCGCGCCGGGCACGUCCUCCCCUCCGCGCUCCCGUACGAGUCGCGCCCGGGCCCGGAGCGCCGCGCGCAGUUCUCCGACGUCAGCACGGGCGCGGCGGUGUGCAGAGCGGACGGCGCGCUCGUGACGGUCGUGCACGUCGUGCAGGACCGCACGGGCAGGGGCCACAAGGUCGCGUACAGCUCCGGGUUCGCGGUGCACGCCCCCGGCGCGCCCCCGGGCGAGGCCGUGCUCGUCACUUGUGCGCAUACGCUUGAGGAGGUGCGACCCUUCUCUGCCCUGCAUGAACCCCCAUAUCCCGCCGUGCGCCCGGGCGACCACAUCUCCGGCUCCUUCGUGAUCGCAGGGCCGCCCACCGCGCCGGUCUUCCACCCCGUGCGCGCCGUGCUCUCCGCGAUGCACCGCGGCGACCUCCUCCUCCUCUCCGCUUCAACCCACGCUCCCUCUGAGCCCGCACAAGGACUCCAGACGCUCCCCGUGAACCCGUACCCGGUACAGCCGGGCACGGCGGUGCGCGCGCACCUCGUUGCGGACAAGCCGCCGCCGCCGGGCGGACGCGACGCGGACGGCUGGACGCCCUGGGUCGGCGGGACGUGGCGCAAGUGGGCGCGCGGGACCGCGCUCGGGUACAAGGACUUUGCCGGGCGCGAGGCCAAGCCGGGGACGUACGACUCGCUCGCACACCUGCACUUCGACCCGCCGCCGACGCCGGGGUCGAGCGGGGGCCCGAUCGUGGACGAGGAGAGCGGGGCGGUCGUGGGCGUUGUGCUGGGCACGCAGCUCGUGAACCAGCUGCAGGGCGUGCGCGGGUGGGGUGUGCCUGCGGAGAUGAUCUUCGAGAUGUUCAGCCUGCCUGGGCUUAAGUUGAAA